CGCCACGCCUGCGACGCUGCCAUGGAGACGUAGUCGCGGCCUUCUGGCUCCACCCAGGACCUGAAUCCCUUGCGUCAGCAGGCCCACGCGUGUCCGCGAGCUCCGGUGACAAAGUCCGCUCCGCUGGAGCUUCCAGGCAGAGGUGACUUUGCUGGGCGCAGAGGCGUGGGGCUUGCAUCCUUCUUCCUCCCAGGAGUUCUCUGUUCCAUAGCUGAGGAACACGUCUCUCACCAGCGGAGAGGAGACCCUGAGACCACCAACCAUCCGUGGGUUAUUAAGGGCCCUGCGAUUGUCCACCUGCCUCACCCUUCCACUCAGCUCAACUAGCUGCAUCCUGUCACCCUUGGUAGGAGUGGAAGACUGGCUAGAAGAAAGGACCUGAACCAACGCUUAGUUCAGUGGUGUGGGCAGGUCAACCCCUGCUGCCAGAACCCUGAAUACAUCUUUUUGAGCUCAGCAGUAUUGCAGAGGCAGCCUUCCCAGGAGUGGUGUGGAGUCACUGUCAACACUAUAGAACUUUCUGUCUGGAAUGGCUCUGACAUGGCUUCUGAAUGGUCAGAGAUGUCUUGGAUUUUCCUGCCCUCCUGAGGAUCUUGCCUAUGGAAGGUGGAGUUACCUACGUUCACUAUUAAGUUGAACAAGGACUCCUGAACCCAACAGCCAUCAGGGUUGUUGGCCAAUUAACAAAGCAAAUCAGCCAGCUGUUCGUGGCCUAGGAGGAAGCCGGGUGUGCAGGACCUGGGCCUGUGGGAUGAGUAGGCGAGUCCCGCUGGCAGAGAAGGCCCUGUCUGAAUCCUAUGCCCGCCUCCGGUACAGGGACAUGUCCUUGCUCAUUUGGCAACAGCAACAGCAGAAGUUGGAGUCUGUACCACCCAGUACAUACCUGAGCAGAAGCCGCAGCAUGUGGUACUCGCAGUAUGGGAAUGAGGCCAUCUUAGUCCGAGACAAGAACCAGCUUGGGGUCUCUAGGGACACCGGCCAGUCUAGGUUUUGCUCAAUCAUGUAAUUCCAGGGAGAAGACCCUUGAUGGCCAUAAAGAUCAAGUCGUGGUAUAAAAACCUAACACCCAAGAAUGUCAUGCAACCCUUUAUUAGUGGCACAGCGGGUACCUAGAUGCUCCCCUCACUGCCCAGGCCCAGACCCUGGAAAUGCUUCCAAACAAAAGGGAAGCAAGAGAGACCCCCAUCUGCUCCUAUGAGGCUAAUAUAGGUCAGGUCCUGGGUAAGGAGGGGACUCUCUUCUUGCAAGGUCCCAGAUCUGUCAGCUCACUGCAGUGACAUGUGAAAGGGGGCCAGUGACCAAUUGGUCUGUAUGUCACUGCAUUGUGGUAGCAUCCACACUGGCCACCAGAUGUGGUCUCACACAUAGGUACGUCCUCUCAAGUGUGGGGAAGUACUGGAGCCUCUUCUAUCAGACUGCAAAGGUACCCAUUCAGAGGCAAGCAUGGUCCACCCCAUGGCUAUGCAAAUGUGGGGUACGUUUUUGCCAAAACUGAGCUUUCUAAAUAAACGUCUUAGGACUUCUC